CUAAAGAGCAGCUACCUCUUCUCUGCAACAAAAGCAAAAAAGCUCUCCUCCCUCCAUUCUCUUUUGAUUAAUAUUUUUCCCCUUUUUUAAAAAUUUAAUUUUAAUUUAACUCUCUUUUUAUUUGAUUUCUCUUUGAAUCCCUUUAAGAAUCAAUUUAUAGUGUUCUCUUUCCCUUCCUCCCUGAUUCAAAUCCCCAAUCCACAAUCCGAGAACGCUGCCGUUUCGUUCCCUCAAUUCGUCGAAAUGAAGCUCACCGUCAAAACCCUAAAGGGCAGCCACUUCGAAAUUAGGGUUCAGCCCAACGACACUGUUAUGGCGGUGAAGAAAAACAUAGAGGAUAUACAAGGGAAAGACAAUUACCCAUGUGGACAACAGCUUUUGAUUCAUAAUGGGAAGGUUUUGAAAGAUGAAACUACGUUAGCUGAUAACAAAGUCUCUGAAGAUGGUUUUCUUGUUGUCAUGCUCAGCAAGAGCAAAUCUUUGGGUUCGGCUGGGACCUCGUCUGCUCAGCCUGCUUCAUCAGCUCCGUCUACAACUGCACCUGUUUCUAAUCCUACCCCUGCCCCAGAAGUUCCUGCACAAGCACCGGACUCAAAGAGCGGUACAUCUGCUUCAGAUGCUGCAACAGCUAAUCCAGAUACUGAUACCUAUAGUCAAGCCGCUUCGAAUUUAGUUGCUGGAAGUAAUCUUGAGCAGACUAUCCAACAAUUGAUGGAUAUGGGUGGUGGCAGCUGGGACAAAGAAACAGUAACUCGUGCACUUCGAGCUGCUUAUAACAACCCCGAGCGAGCAGUGGAUUAUCUAUAUUCUGGAAUUCCUGAAUUGGCAGAAGUGGCUGUUCCAGUGCCUCAUUUUCCUUCAAGUCAAACCACUGAAUCUGGUGCUGCCCCAGUUGCUCCUGUUUCAGGGGCUCCUAAUUCAUCACCUUUGAACAUGUUUCCUCAGGAAACACUCUCCGGUGCCGCUGCUGGUGGACUUGGAUCCCUGGAUUUCCUCCGAAACAAUCAACAGUUCCAAGCAUUGCGUUCAAUGGUGCAAUCAAACCCACAAAUUUUACAGCCCAUGCUUCAGGAGCUGGGAAAGCAAAACCCCCAGCUUUUAAGACUAAUUCAAGAACAUCAUGCCGAGUUUCUUCAGCUAAUAAAUGAACCUCUCCAAGGUUCUGAAGGGGAUAUAUUUGAUCAAGCUGAACAAGAAAUGCCUCAUGCAAUCAAUGUGACCCCGGCAGAACAGGAGGCUAUCGAACGGCUUGAAGCAAUGGGGUUUGAUAGAGCGCUCGUCAUCGAAGCAUUUUUGGCUUGCGAUCGGAACGAAGAAUUGGCAGCAAACUACUUGCUGGAAAAUUCUGGGGAUUUUGAGGAUUGAAAAGUUGAAUCUUUCCUUACCUGAUUUCAUGUUUACCCUGGAAAAUUUAAUUGAAUGUUUUCUUUUUAAUUUCCCAUCUAAAUUGUUUCUGAUAUAGGCUUAACAAAAUUCAUUUUCUUUUAAUUUCACUGAACUAAAUUAAAAACCACCUUCAUUUGAUUGAA